UUAUGUAUAUAUCACUCUCCUUCACACUUCACUCACAAACAGUUUAACUGAAACUGAUCGGUCACAGAGAGAGAGAGAGAGAUGAAGGGAAGUUCUCAGGUGAUAAUGGGGGCAACCCUCAUAAUGGCAGCAAGCCUCGCCAUCGUCGUCGGCCUCGUCCUCGUCCUCUUCGCCGAGCUCUACUGCUCCCUCCUCCUCCGCCGCCGCCGCAGCAGCCGGCAGCAGCUCUGCAGCAACCCUGCAGCCUCAUCUGCCACCGCCAUCUCCGCCACCCCGGUCACCAUCCCCAGCCCUUCUUCCUUCAAUCCAUCUGACCCCUCUCCCCUCAGCAGCUUCUACGCGCAGGGCGUCCUCCACGCCCCGAGAAGCCUCCUCUUCCCCGCACUUCCUUCCCCGGACGCCGCGAAGAGGCAGUAUCGCCACUCCGAAGAUGAUCUCGAGUCGAACUCAGCGGCUUCUCCUCCCCCGAAGUUCAUUACUUGCAGCAGCCUCCCCGGUGGCAACAUUCAAGAGGACUGUUCCUUCCAGGUCGGCCCCGCGCGCAGCACGAGCAGCCAUCUCGUGUACAUCUCAAACCCCAUUUACGACAACGACGCUACCGACAGAGCAAAAAACCAAUCCCCGAACACGCCCUUCGAGACACCCGACUCGUCCCCUUCCCAUCUCGAGUGCGGAACCUCCUCAGGCGCCGACGACGAAUGCGAUGACGAAGAUCGGACGGCACGAACAGGGAGGGAGCCCAACACGCCUCCGCUGACUCCGAUGAAGAAGCUUCCUGCUCAGGCCUGUUCCGUCCCGCUAAGAGAUGCAGGGUCGUUGUGCACCUCAGGGACCGACUCGAAUACCAACCGCGGUCUCCUCUGGUCUUCCUCAUCGGGAACGCCGUGCACUUCUCCUUCGUGGUGAUCAAACAUCUUGUCUUACUACGUAAAAAAAGCCGUAGGACUAAUUCUGGCUUAUUAGAUCGGGUCUAGGAUAUAUUUCUGCCCAAGUUUCUUUCCCUUUUCUUUUUGUCAUGAGCAUUGUCUUUAGACUGGGCAAAAUGUUUGGUCCAAGGCUGAAAAAUUGUAUGAUUUUGGGAAAGAGAAAUUUAGAUGUAUGCGAGAAGGAAGUGUAUGGGCAGAGUAAAGAUUCCAUUUUAACAACUUUGCCUUUGCACGCCUGUCUUCUUUACUUUUCCUCUGCAGCAGAGUGUUUUGGUCUGCUUUGUUC